AUGAAAUUCACUAACACAAUCUUGCAAAAUAUUUUCUCGGUACUAGAGAGAAAACAUAUCAAUGGAGAAAAAGACUCUUUGCGGACACUAUAUUAUUGUUCGCUAGUAAACCGGGAAUGGAACCAAAAUGCAAUUCCAUAUUUAUGGAGUUCGCCUUUUCACACACGCACAAAAAUCUCUUCGGAUUACACAUCAUCCUCACCCGAAAACUCCGGUUUAGCAACGAAUUUGAUAAAUAUUUAUCUUGAGUGCUUAGAUAAUCAUUCAUUGGGAAUUCUUAAAGAAUAUCAAAUUUUAAGUGCUGAAAAAACUCGCUCAAAUUCAUUAUUGCAUAAUUACCUAAAAUUUCUUAAAUAUUUAGAUUUACGCGGACUUGUUCAUUAUAUCGGAAUCUGGUUAUCAAAUUAUACAACCGAAAAAAGUUUCGUUUUCCCAUAUCUAAUACGAAAAGCUCAACUUGUAGUAUUGAAGGAGUUGAUAAGAAAUGCACUAGAAAAUGGCGCCGAACUAAACGAAUUACGAAUCGAUACGGCACAUGUCAAUUAUUUGUUAUCCAGAGCAACGUUGGGUUCCUUUUGUUGUGGCUCAAAAGUGCAGAAAUCUG